UCUUAGACUUGAACAAAAUAUAUAUGAUAUUCUUGCUGAAACUCUGAACUUUCUCAUACAAGUGCCUGACCGGACCCCUAUACCUUGCCCUUCUAGCAAAGACAAAUCUAUGCAUACAUCUAACGGCUAAGAAGAUUGUUAAAGGCUGUACCACUUUAAAUAAGCUCCGGUUAAGAAAUGGCUUCUUUCUCGGAGAUAUUGAGAGUCGAGGCGAUUGACUCGCAUUCAUAUCAGGUGAACCUGAAGGACGAAUGGGCUAUUGGAUCUGUGCCUAACGGCGGUGUCGUGACGUCGGUUUUGCAAUCGGUCGCUCGUAGACAUUUCACCACUACUCUGAAAACACAAAACCAACCGGAUUGCAUCACACUUCACGUCGAUUUCGUACAACGCACAUCUGUCGGGCCUGCUGUCGUGAAUGUCAAGGACCUCAAACUCGGCCGGCAAACUUCCACAGUGCAGUUGAUACUCACACAGGAGGGACGAGAUGAAAUCAUUGCCGUGCUCACGCAUGCCAAUAUCGCACUUGAGUCGGGCUUGUCGCUGCCAACGGCUUGGACUCUCGAUCCGGUUCCUCCCCCUGCUGACUUGGACGAGCUCGCUGAGAAUGGAACAGACGGCACGUGGGACCAGUGGAAGUCGCCCCGGUCGGACUUCAGAAAGGCAUCGUUGAAUAUGGAUGUAUACAUCCCGAAAGGUGGAAGGGUGGGCAGAGGUAUCAUGGAUCAGUGGAUCAAGUUCAAGAACGGCGAAAAUUUUACCAAUACUUGCCUCGGCCUGCUAAGCGACAUGUUUCCUCAGAUGGUUGAAUCGUACAGCGAAGACUGGGAAGCCAUGAACAACGCUGGCAUCUCACAGAAACAGUUGACACAGCACUGGUAUCCAACGUUGGCGCUCAAUUUGGAUAUCAAGAAGCUUUUACCCGACGGCGGCGCCAAAUGGAUUUUUGUCAGGAUCCAGUCGAAACUCAUCGCAAAUGGAAGAAAAGAUUUGGAAGUCAUAAUAAUGGACGAACAGAAGGAAGUUGUGGCCUUGAGCCACCACGUGGCCAUGAUUCUGAGCUCUGCCAGAAACCUCGCAAAGAGGGGCGAUGGCAAAAAGGAUCAGAUUUCGAGCAAAUUAUGAAUGCAAAAAUAUUUUUAUACGUAAAAUGUAUUAAUUAUAGAGACAACUAGUUAACA